AUGACUAUCCUAGCCCAAACGACAAUACCUACUAUUAUUCCUGGGCCGAAUAAGGAGCGAGAGACGGAAUUGCAGCUCUCGUUGAAAAACGUUCGACAGCGGAUCCUCCGAUCACAGACUUCCAGUACCAAGAAUCAGCCACAGCCAGUCCUGGUCGCCGUCUCGAAAUACAAGCCCGCAGAAGAUAUCGCUGGUUGCUAUAACGCAGGUCAGCGAGAUUUCGGGGAGAACUACGUGCAGGAGUUAGCGGAGAAAGCGAAGAAAUUACCGCUGGACAUUCGAUGGCACUUCAUUGGCACGCUGCAGUCGAAUAAAGCGAAGAUUCUCGCAGCAAUCCCGAAUCUAUAUUGCCUACAGACCCUCUCCUCGAUAAGAUGCGCGACGAUGCUUAGCACCAAUCGACCUGAGGAACUCCCUCUACUCAAUGUGAUGCUACAAGUCAACACGUCGGGAGAGGAUUCCAAGUCGGGAUUAUCCCCUCUCGUCGCUUCAGCGCCACCCGCAAUUCAACCUGCGGAACUCUACAAACUUGCUUCGCACGUCAUUAGGAACUGCCCGAGGCUCAAUCUGAUUGGGCUCAUGACAAUCGGCUCGAUCACCGAGUCGUCAAAGGACGAUGAAGGCAACAAUGACUUCGAACGGCUGAAGGAGACAAGGGAUGUCUUAGAGCGAUUGUUGGUGGCUGAAUUCAGUCGUGAGGAAGAGGGUGCACAAUGGGGCUCCGGGGGCAAGUUGCUGCUGAGCAUGGGGAUGUCGAGCGACUUCGAAGUGGCCAUUCGGGCAGGAAGCGAUGUUGUCAGAGUCGGAACCGGGAUUUUCGGGUCGAGACCGACGAAGGCUUGA